GGGGUACAUGCCGCCGGAUAUCGCUUUGCCAAGGAGGACGAGGUCUGGUCUGAUACCACUCCACUCAUGGCAGAGUAGCUUACCGGUUCGGGCGAUGCCGGUCUGGAUCUCGUCACAGAUGAGGAGGGCACGGUGCUUGUCGCAGAGAGCUCUGGCUUCCUUGAGGUAGUCGUCGUCCGGCACGACGACGCCAGCUUCACCCUGGAUCGGCUCGACUAGGAACGCGGCAAUAUUUGGCCCUGCUUUCUCGAAUGCCUCACGCAGCGCGGCUUUGUCGUUGAAUGGGAUGGGUUUAUUUGUGCCUGGGAUCUUGCUGCCGAUGAGUGGCAAGUAAGGACCAUAGUUAUCCCUUGAUUCUGGGUCAGAUGACAUUGAUAUUGCCGCAAACUGUAAUCCUCCUCUUGUUAGUUAAAAAGGAAAAGUAUACAUAGAUUAUGGGACAUAGGAUUGGUGACAGCAAGAAGCGUCCUUGGGUAUUUUAGUUCACUGACAGUGCGUCCAUGGAAGUUGUUCUCCACGCUCAAUACAAUGGCCUCGUUGUGAGGAAUGCCUUUGGUUUUGUAGCCCCAUUUCCGGGCAAUCUUGAUACCAGUCUCCACAGCCUCAGCACCCGUGUUCAUGGGUAGGACCAUGUCGAACCCGAAGAACUUGGUCACAAAUUCCGCAAACUUGGGGAAUACAUCAUUGUAGAAAGCACGGGAACUCAGGGUCAGGGUAGAAGCCUGGUCAACCAACACCUUGACCAACUCCGGGUGGCAGUGGCCCUGGUUAACGGCGGAGUAGGCGGAGAGGAAAUCGAGAUAGGAGCGUCCCUCGGGAUCCCAGACGGUAGUACCGGCGGCGCGGGCGAAGACGAUAGGCAGCGGGUGGUAGUUAUGGGCAGCAUAUUGAUGCUCUGCAUCGAUUGCCGCGGUAGUCGAGGAGGCAUGGAACCGGGAACGGUCGAAUGGCGCAGCUGGUGCGGAGGUGGACUUCUGGCUUGUCUUUGCAGGUUGAGCAGAGCCUGCAACAGCAUUCUCGGUGGCGAUUGGAGACAUGGUGGCUGUACAACAGCGGAGAUGGUUUUAUCGGUGGUAUUGCGUGGGCAGUUUGUUUUGGAUGAUAGUUAUAACUAGGUGACGUAACUAGUUUAAAUACCAGGGCUAAAGAGUCAAGCUCGAAAGAACAACAAAUAUCCAGUUAGUACAGCGUUGAGAAGGGGCCUAUAAAUACAGAUGCAGUUAUCCUAUGAGAAGCAUGUGUUAAGGUAGUUAGUUAAUGAAUGAAUGGUCUUCGGCGAGAGGAAUCAAUCGGAGUUUAUAAAUAUGCGGCGGCAAAAGCUGCGGCGGGGAGCAAACCACAGCGGGCAAAGGUUGAGAGCGAUGAACCGACGAUAACCCUUUGUGAUCUUGCUCGGACGAGCGCCAAUAUCCCAUCCCCCACACACAAGAUGUCACUCUGCACGGGGAUUGCAGUAGCGCGAUACUUGGAGGCGCCCUAAGGAAGUUAAAAAGACGAAGUUGAUCCGCAACCAAUUCACUCCUGCUCGCUCUGUACAAAACAACAGGCGGACGACGCAUACCAACCCGUAUCGGUCGAAUUAUUCAAGAUAUCCCCCCUGCGACGUUCCUUUAUCGUAAAGACGUCUGUUUCAGCGCGACCAUUGGCUUCAUCCUGCCGGACUCCACGUUUCGCGCGCAGAGACCUUGGACAGGGUCGUCCCGAUAUGGUGACAGGGGAAGGAAGACCAUGCCUUCGACGUCGACGCGGUCCCGAAAGGUUCUGCUCUCCGCAACCGAUAACGAACAUGACUCUGGUUCCAAGACCCCUAAGUCCAGGGCACGAGCAUCCAGCAGGCGGAUGGACUCGAGCACCCCGCAGAAUAUCCUCCUCUUUCUGAUCGCGUUCCGGGCGUUGAACGCUCUUUGCGUCAGGACCUUCUUCCAACCAGACGAAUUCUUCCAGUCGCUGGAACCGGCGUGGCAGAUUGCGUUUGGCGAGGACAGUGGUGCUUGGAUAACUUGGGAAUGGAGGCAUCAUUUGCGGUCUUCGAUACAUCCGUACAUCUUCGCCGCGGUUUAUUAUAUAUCUAAUCUCAUAUCUGAAUAUCUGUCGAUAUCCCCUCUCCAUCGCGCAAACUUACUCCUUGCAGCCCCGAAACUCGUGCAGGCUCUUUUCGCCGCUGUUGCGGAUUUUUAUACAUGGAAACUGGCCGGGAAGGUUUACGGAAAUGACAGCUAUGAAGCCUGGGGUGCUCUCGCAUUGACUAUCCUAAGUCCCUGGCAGUGGUUUUGUUCGACACGGACAUUAUCGAAUUGUCUUGAGACAAGCCUCACGAUCGUCGCAUUGUAUUUAUGGCCAUGGGAAUGGCCGUCGGAAUCAUCUUCCCCGCAAAGGAGUGGUUCUGGAAAUGGAAGCUUAAGAGACAACUCAGUCACGCAACGCUUGCGGUUAUGUCUACUUCUUGCAGCUUUUGCUUGCAUUCUUCGCCCAACAAAUUUCCUGGUAUGGAUCUGUGUAGCAACCUUCGCGAUGUUUAAGACUCCAACAUCAUCCCGUCAAACACGGAGCUUUUCCUUCAUUAGACCUACCAUGAAGGAAUUUCUGACGUUUAUUUACGAAGUUGUAUUCUCCGGAUCCGUUGUGCUCGGUAUAUCAACGCUUCUGGACCGGGCGUACUACGGUUCCUGGACAUUUCCACCCUUUAAAUUUCUCUACUUCAACAUCGCUCAAUCACUCGCCAUAUUUUAUGGACGCAAUGACUGGCACUACUACCUCUCUCAAGGCUACCCGCUCCUCCUCACGACUACUCUGCCCUUCUCCUUGGUCGGAAUUUUCCAGGCUUUAUUCACCAACCAGAAAGGCCUCACUGUCCCACAGAAUUCGAUUAGGCGUCAGCUUGCAGCUGUUUGCACAUUCAUGCCAGCUGUCCUUUCAUUGAUAUCUCAUAAGGAAGUCCGUUUCAUCUACCCACUUCUUCCUUCCCUUAUAAUCAUUUCCUCUUUGCCCCUUGUGAAGUUCUUCCUGCCCGCCAUCUCCUCCGGCUCCCCGUCGAAUAGGCCCCGACGUCUCUCUCUGAUAUUUCUCGUUCUCGUGAACGUUUAUAUCGCCUACUAUACAACUCUCUCUCAUGCAUCAGGCAUCCUCAAUAUCAUGGACUAUUUCCGCAACCAAUAUGUUAGGCACUAUCUAGAACAAGUGUCAAACAAGCAGGGUUCCCAUGCAAGCGUUUCUUCAUCCUCGUUUUCUUCGUCUCUGAUACCCACAUAUAUGACAAUUGGCUUCCUUAUGCCCUGUCAUAGCACACCCUGGCGCUCCCAUCUCGUCUUCCCAGGCAUCCAAGCAUGGGCUCUCUCCUGCGAACCCCCCGUAAACCUCAACGCAAGGGAAAAAUCUACCUACCUAGACGAAGCAGACCAAUUCUACGAAGACCCAUCCACCUUCCUCCAAAAGAACAUGAAGGGCGGAUUACGCGACUUCCCCUCAAAACCCUCAUACCAACUCAACAAAAAUCCACUUAUUCACCACCACCCAACAUCCAACCCACCUCUAGACUCUAAAAACCCCCACCACCCGUGGCCCGACUACCUCGUGUUCUUCGCCCAACUCGAACCAACCCUCCACACUGCGCUCCGUAGUUCCCCAUACGCCGAAUGCUACCGCACCUGGAACACAGCGUGGCACGACGACUGGCGACGCAAAGGCGACAUCGUCGUCUGGUGUCUGGACCGGGACAUCCAGCGGGAAUGGCGCGAGCAUACGCGUCUGCAGAACCAGGCCAGCUGGCAGCGGAGUAUGGAGGAACGAGAGAAGCAGUUUGAUAAGAUCAUUGAUGGAUUCCGGAAGGAGGCGGCGAAGGGAUCGUUGUGGUUCGGGACGAGGUCGGGGAUGAGGGGACGGUGGGGUUUGGAUUCUCUGUUGCCCACCUCUUGGUCGUGGCCCCCUUUGCGAUCGUCAUCGCCGUCGUCAUCGCCGUCGCCAUCUUCCUUUUUCCCAUCCACAUGGCCGUUUUCUAACGCCCCGUCAAGAUCUAGGAAAUGGUACCAUGUUUCCUGGUCCUGGUCGUGGCCUUCGUUGUCAGGUCUGCAGCGGAAUACGAGGCGGUGGCAGCUGACGUGGUCGUGGCCGUGGUCAUGGAGAGGGCGGAGGAGGCAGACGAAGUGGCCGGAGUGGAUGACUGAAUCGCCGUGGGUGCCGGAUUGGGAUGGGUUGGUGAAGAAGUCAAAGUCGAGGGAGAGGUCAGAGAGGAUGUUGUGGUCUUGAACUUUGGGCAGAUUUUUUCUCCCCUUUCUCUUUUCUCUUCUUCCUCAUUUAUUUCUCCCUUUUAAGGCGGGUUGGGACUGGGUACAUGCUGAGGAUAAAUAAAUACCCUUUUUUUUUUUUGUACCUUCAUUUGCCUGAGAGAGUUGAUGCAUUUUUGGGUUUUUCUAUUUAUUUAUUAUUGUUAUUUAUUAUUCAUGUAUCUUAUUUCACUUAAAGUUCAUUUUUUCUUUCUCUAGUUGCCGCACUGUUCAAAACGAUAUUUUUGCAUCUGGGAAUAUAUCUGGUUCAGUUAAAUUAACUAUAUCGUUCUAAUUAUAUAUUUCCUUUUCAACACUCCCCUUGAUAUUAAUAUUAUAUUAAAGAAACAUGAUUAAUUUUUUAUUAAAAAAAUAUAGAAAAAAUAAAAUAAAA